AUGCCACUGCCCUUGUGCAGAUGCCGUGUGCUCUACAUCGGCUCAGCAGUGCCGACAAUCACCAAGGAUGGUCUGCAGGGGAUUCAGCAGCCCCUCAGAGAACGCUAUCCCGUAGAAGACACUCCAGAAACGCGCGGAAUCGACUCUUGGUCAGUAUUUUGUUUCGCCGCUUCAAUGCGUUUCCUAGUAAAUAUCACACCGCAUAAGGAAGUGGUGAAUGGAAAUCAAAGCAUUUUCCGCUUUUUAAUUGUAAAGAACAACUCCAUGAAAAAAAAAACUCCAAAUCGCAUUGACGAACUUUUCCGCUAUUUUCCUGGAGAGUUUACGGAAAGCGAACCCUUUUCCGAAUUUUUUAUUUUUCUAUUGGAUAUUCUUUUACAGUCUCACAAGGGAGGUAAUUUGAAUUGUCGGUUAGGAAUUUCUUGAAAAUUGGUAAGAAUACUUUUUAAUGAUGCCAAAAAAGGACCGUCGCAGCUUUCUAGUUUUUGAGAAAUAAGCUCAAAGCCCCUAAAUGGCCCAUUUCUACAAGUUUUGAGGAUUUUCUUUGACUUUGAGGUGUUAUUUCUCAAAAACUAGAAAGCUGUGCAAGUUUGAGACCCUCAGAAUCUACUUUUGGUACCUCAGGGAGUAUCCUGACCAGCAUUUUCAGGCUUUCCGUUUGGUCAAACGGUAUUCUGCUCGAGUACAUUGAGGGAGAAAGAAAAAGUGAGACGGCAUUUUUCCCGAUAAACACGCUUCACUACUGUGCUGCCGUACGUUACGUCAAUGUAUCUGGUUAUUCUAUUGAAGGUACGCAGAGAAUGAUUCUUAUUUUGAAGGAAGCUUCAUACUGUAGUUAGAAGACAAAAGUUUCCGGCGUAACUUUCAAAAUUGACAAAUAAAGUUUAAGGAGGAGGAGAGCGUUUCCUUCCGCUGGAUAGUCCUUUUGCCAAUAUUCCCGACUCGCCACACCCACCCAUUUUUUCUGCCAUUCUCAGAAGGACUACUGGCGUCAAGGUGAUUUUUUUGAAAAGAAGAAAAAACUUAAAAGAGGAUUUCAAAAUGAAAACCAGCGGUUUGCAAUAAAUGCAUUGUGGGAACAGUUGAUAGACCGCUUGAUUCUUUUUCUUCAUUCUCAGUCAGCAAUAAUGAAUUUUUUUAUCUUUUAAUUCACCAGGGAUUGUUUUUCCAGGUUUUUCUAGUUGUAGUUUUUUUACCUGUUUUCGAAAAAUAUGUUUGGUGGGGCUUUGAGAAAUUAUAUCUAGCCUAAACUGGAUAAAAAGUAAUUUGUUUUUAUAUUAUGAGAAGAAGAAGAUCUAUAUAGCCUCUGAAAAUGAGCUCUUUGGAAACAUUGAAGUUUUCGACUUUUGAAAACUCUUAAUUUUUUUUCCAUAGUUCUUCUCGGCUAUUUGAAUACCAGAUUUUGAAUAAGCGUGAAAUACUACCUCUUAGAAAGCUUGGUCUCACUCAGAAGUCUUAGUGCGACCGAAUUUCCUGGUUAAACAAAAUCGACUCGACUAAGCGGUUAACAAGAAAUUUCCAAGCAAUACCGAGAAACCGCUUCCAGCGAACUUCAAGACCGAGCGUCGAAAGAAUUGAAAAUAGUUCUUCUGCGUCUGGUUCAUCCAAUCGCGCCAUGAAGAGCUCAGACUAUUGCGCAUGAUGUAGCUGGAGCCUGGAGCCCGCAGACCCUGCUUCAGGAGGAUGCCUCGGGAUGAGAGAAGCCACUUCGAGUGGAUCAUACACAAAAUCGAUUGAAAUUUUUGUACUGUUGAUAUCAUUGACGCGGAUCAGGUUCUGGAGUGCCACGGGUUCAUCUGCACGAACAACAAGGCGGCCAACGCGCUAGUCCGUUGCUGCUUCCACGCCUACGCAGACUCUGUCUAUUUGAAAAUGGACGAAAAGACUCCCGGUCUUAAAGCGAUCAAGGUUCCGAGCUCCAUUAUAUCUUGUCUCGAUUGGUUUAUUUCAAGCAAUCUUCAACCGGUGAGAGGUCACCUGGGUCACCAGACAGCGAGGUGGAGGAUCAUACAUAUGAAGAUGAACAACACCCGGAAAAAAGCUUGAAGGUAUUACUUUUGAAAAAAUAUAACGUUCUAGUGGAAAUCAUGAUUCAAUAUCUCGUGUAAGUAGGGUAGAAAACGGGUAGAUGAACUUUGAAAGUCUCAACCUGCACAAAAUUUGUUUGUUUUUCGAGAAGCGCUAAUUUAGAGAAAACUAUCGAAUUCUGUUAAAGUAGGCUGAAACCUCGUUCCUCGGUAGUUAGAAGGUGUCUCAGGUUGAUUAUUUCAAGAUCUUCAUAUUGAGGAGGAAUUUUUUGUUCGAAUUGAUUAAAAAGGGGCAUCUUGACACUAUAGUACGGCUCAAGAAGCAACGAAAGCUAUGCUUGAAGAAAAAAUCUGACGGGCAACAACGCAACACAACUGUACCAAUUUUCAGUGAAAACCAUUUUUCAGAACUGGCCCGAGAGACGUCAACAGGAUGGUGAAUACGACAGCGUCAGCAUCAGCAGUAGUCUUGUUAAAAACAAAAAAGCGUCCAGCGAAACUGGUUCGAUCUAAUUCUAUACAAUGCUACUUUUUCUUUCUGGAUUAGUCCAGAUUUUUGGUUUAUUCCUAGUUACAAUUAUGAAUUUUUAAGGAGGAGUUCGUGGCGCCGUCGUUCCGUUCUUGGAUGGACCCCGAAGGUCAGGCUCAGACUUUGACCUGUCUACGUUCCGAGGUCCACCAGGCCCUCACCAUCCAGCUUUCUCUGUGCCUCCACCGCACAUGACAGGACUGCCUCCGCCGCCGUUUGCCUUUUUCGGCGGCUCUCCACGAGGAAACUUCCCACCGAUGCCAAUGCCGCCUCCACCUCACCUUUACCAUCAUCACCAUAGAGGACCUCCGUUCGUUCCGCCGCCACACAUGUUCUCUUCCGGUAACGGCCGCGGGAUGCCUCACUUCCCGCCACCGCCGCAUCCCAUGAUGUUUGGACCGCCGAUGCCGCGAGGCUUCCCUCCACCACAGUUUUACCCUCCGCCGCACUUCAUGUCGAACUUCCCGCCUCAACAUCAACGACCAGCGAGUCCCAACGAAGGUCCCAUCAUUACUGGUCCCGAAUCAGUCUAUGGUACGAUGCGGCGAGGCGCCUACGAGGAGCCGACUUAUAUGGGGACCGCCGCUGCCGGGAUACCUGAAUCCAGUUACCAACCUUGCAACUAUCCGGCCGAUCACUAUGAGAGCUACUAUGACACUUUUAAACGACGUACCUUAAAAAAGGUUAAUCAUGCUUUUCUUUCCAAAAAGUACUUUAGAGGCCCCUGAUCGACUCUAUUGACUUGAAAGUUAGAGCUUUCACUAUUUUUGAACAGUCAAUCAUAGAACUCACUCAACCUAUUUAAUCGACACUUUUCUGGAGCUGCCUUUAAGAAAAAAAAAAGUUUUUUAGCGAUCAAAAAAAGGUAAUUUUCAGGGUGGCGAAGCGGAGAGCGUGGCUUCGAGGGCCGACAGCGUUUGGGAUCAGUACGAAGCUGGCAUAUAUAGAAAGCCGCAUUUGAACGAAAAAGCUUUUGGUGGCACCUUGAGGUAUCAUCGUGUAUAGCAAAUGAGCUAUAAAAACUGUGCGCCAGAGUUAAAAUUUUCAAACUUUUGAGUUUUUUUUCGCAAAUAAAUGUUCUUUUCUCUGCUAAACUAGUAGGUUUACAAUUUUCUUCUAAAAACCGAAGCAAAUUCAUUCAUUUUACUGAUAUUUUUGUCCCCACCCCCAGGCCAGUUUCAUUAAAAAAAUUUUCACCGAAAAUACAUAUUUACUUGUCAAAUAAUUUUUUUCUGUUGAAAAAAAUAAGCAAAAAAACAUGACUUUUUACGUAAAAAAAGCUUGAUAUGGGAAUUGUAGUAAAUUUGAACGUUUUGAGCCGGGCCGGCCAUUUUUGCUUGAGGCCUCAGAAAAUGGUCGACAGGCUGAUGGACCGGCCACAAGCAAGAAAUUUUCCAAAGUUUUUUUGCCACACACCAUUGAUAUCAUUACUCCAUAGAUUUCCUGAGAUUGAAUGGUACCUUAACUAUGGAGGCUUCCUCUGACUAGGGAACGCUGAAAUGUAUUUUAGGACCUUCUGAUUGCACAAAAAGAACUCUCUCAAUAGAUCUCGUUUUCCAAAUAUGGAGCUUCAAAGUCCGCAAAAUACACAAAUUAGGACAAAAGAGCGUUUUUUCACGCUUUUGAAGUGUCCUAACACGAAAAUGAGAUCUAUUGCGAGAACUUUUUUUUUGUUCUGCAAUCAGGAGAGCCUAAAGUACACUUCAGCAAAGUUUCAUCAAAAGAGCCAUGUUGAAUAGUGUCCGUUGUGAUACUUCUCUUUCUAUCAAACACGUGCGAAAGAAAAAAACUUUCCACCAACGAAACAAUUUUUUUCCUCAUUAAGAUCAAUGGCUGCCAAGGAAGCGAGCAACGCUACACUUGACCGUUCUGAACAUGUUGAAGUCGCUUCUCAAACCGUCGAGGCCGGGGUCUAGGGCUUUUAUUUUCUUUCGAAAUGUAAUCAACAACGACGUUUAGAUAAAUCGACCAGACACCCCGCCCGUCGACUAUGAAGCAUUUGAGAAGAUGAAAAUGAACGGACAGAAGCCAAGCAAAAGCGGCCAGGCAGUGUUCUAA